AUGAGAGAAAUGGCCAGUGUAAAGCACCUGUGGCGGCCGUCAGGUUGCACAGAUAUCGAUGACCUCCUCUCGCCGGAUACUUCGCAACCUUCAACCAUAGCUACAGCCAACGAGAGAAUGCAGUGUCCCCUGUGCUCUAAAUCAUACUUGACGUUCUUCGGCCUGCGCCGACAUAUGCAGUGUCAUCAAGAUGGACGAGUUGACCAAACAUGCUCUAAAUGUCAUAAACAUUACAAGUCAGUUUCUUAUGCGUUUUUUAUGCAAAUUGGCCCUCUCUCUCAUGUCUUGUAA